GAUGGAUUUGUUUGACACUUGUGAAAUUAUAGGUUAGAAAUUGGAUUUCAUUCAAAUUCUUACUUCUAUCUACAAAAUAACGUGGAAAUAUUACAAAAUAAUUCAUGUGAAAUUAUUUUCAAGUCUUAGUGAAAAUGUGGACUACUAAAACAUUUCUAACCAAAACUAAACGCGGCAACAUCUUAAAGAUUGUUAGGGAGCAUUACCUCCGUGAUGAUUUGCUUUGUGGCUCAGCUGCGUGUAAUGUUUGUCCGCACAAAGACGAUGAGUAUGUCUUGGAGUCCAACCCUGAGUCCAUUUGUGCCUUAUUCGACUAUCCUCACUAUUUAGUACUGGAUACUAAUGUGGUUCUACACCAAAUGGAUAUCCUAGAAGAGGAUGCGCUCUCGAACGUGAUAAUACUGCAGACAGUGCUUGAAGAGGUCAAGCACCAGAAUACGGCAAUCUUCCAAAGGCUCUUGGAAGUAAUUGGCAACAAAAAGAGGAAGUUUUACUCUUUUGUGAAUGAGCAUCACAAAGAUACAUACAUAGAGCGAGGCCCAGGUGAAAAACAAAACGACAGGAAUGACCGGGCAAUCCGUAAAGCGUCCAGUUGGUACGCCUCACACUUGUCAGCUAACAAUGUUGGGGGCAAUUUUCCCAAGAUUGUGUUGCUAACAGAUGAUGAAUCAAAUAGAAAAAUUGCACAAGAGGAGGGGAUUGUUUGUUGUUCUGUAAAAGAUUACAUAGAAAAUGUCAAUGGCUUUGUGGGACUAGUGGAUAAACUCUCCAAGAAUGUAAUACCAGAGAGUUGCUCCAAAGAUGCCCUGUACCCAGCUCACUUGACACCGACCCAAAUACACACUGGUAUCCGUAACGGGAAACUGUACCAAGGAACAUUCCAUGCUUCCCGUGACAAUUUCCUUGAAGGUACUGUUACUGUCAACGGUUUUGAAAAACCUAUUCUGCUGCAAGGUCAUAUUGGCAUUAACAGAGCAGUUGAUGGUGACCUGGUGGCUGUUGAAAUAUUCCCUGAAGAAGAAUGGCGCAAACCCAGUGACAUAGUCUUGGAAGACAAAGCUGAUGACCCUGGGGACUUACUGGAGGAAGAAACUGUACUUUUGAAAACUGCUAAGCCAGUUGAUAACAGUAAGGAUGAGAUCACCCCCACUGGAAAAGUGGUGGGCAUCAUUAGGAGGAAAUGGAGACAGUAUUGUGGUAUUUUGAUGCCUAGUAAAUUCCCAGGGGCAACUCGCCACCUUUUCACACCAGCUGAGAAGCGCAUCCCGAGAGUGCGGAUCGAGACUCGCCAGAGCGACAUCCUCGCGUCGCAACGCAUACUGGUCGCGCUGGACUCCUGGCCACGGAACAGUCGGUACCCGUUGGGGCAUUUUGUUAGAGCACUUGGGCCUAUUGGUGACAAAGACGCAGAGAACGAAGUGAUUCUCCUGGAGCAUGACGUGCCUCACGCGAGGUUCAGCGAAGCCGUGCUCAAUUGUCUGCCGCCCAACGACUGGACCAUACCUGAAGAGGAAAUAAAAAAACGCGUCGACCUCCGCUCCAUUUGCAUCUGCUCUGUGGACCCGCCCGGCUGUACGGAUAUCGAUGACGCCUUGCACGCGCGACCCGUAGCGGGCAAGACCGCCGAUGGUUUGUCCAAGUACGAGGUCGGCGUCCAUAUUGCUGACGUCACGUACUUCGUCAGGCCUGAGACGGCGCUUGAUAAGGAGGCGGCCUCGAGGUCUACUACGGUGUAUUUAGUUGACAGAAGGAUUGACAUGGUUCCAGAUCUGCUAAGUUCUAACCUCUGCUCCCUGCGCGGGGGUGAAGAAAGGUUGGCCUUCUCUUGCGUUUGGGAGAUAGAUGAAAACGCCAACGUGCUCUCUACCAAGUUCCACAAGAGUGUUAUAAAGUCUGCAGCAGCGAUGACGUACGAAGAAGCGCAGAUAGCGAUAGACGACAGCGCUCGACAGGACAACAUCGCGAGCUCGCUGCGAGUAUUGAACGCGCUAGCGAAGAAACUGAAGCGAAAACGUCUCGACAACGGGGCGCUGCUGCUCGCCUCGCCCGAGAUUCGGUUCCAGGUGGACUCCGAAACCCACGACCCUAUAGAAGUGCAAGCGAAGAAGAUUGUGGACACCAACUCCAUGGUCGAAGAGUUCAUGUUGUUAGCCAACGUCAGCGUGGCGGAAAAACUGGCGGCGGAGUUUCCACAGUGCGCGCUACUGAGGCGCCACCCCGCGCCGCCGCCCGCCAACUUCACCGCCUUCCUCAAGGCGGCCGCGCAGCAGGGCUUCGAAAUAGACGUAUCCACCAACAAAUCCUUCUCCGCGUCCCUCGACAAAGCGCAAGUACCGGGGCGGCCAUUCUUCAACACGCUCCUGCGCAUCAUGGCGACACGCUGCAUGCAGCAAGCGGUGUAUUUCUCAAGCGGGACGCGCGCUCACGAUGAGUUCUACCACUACGGGCUGGCCUGUCCCAUCUAUACGCACUUUACAUCGCCUAUCAGACGUUAUGCCGACGUCAUCGUACAUCGGCUACUUGCGGCCUGCAUAGGGGAAGACAUGACACAUGCGUCACUACUUGACACCAAGCAUGCGGACUCAAUAUGCGACAACCUUAACUACCGCCAUAGACAAGCUCAGUACGCUGGCAGAGCGUCUGUAGCACUCAACACUCACAUCCUGUUCAAGAACCGCGUGGAGAUUGAAGCGGCUGUAGUAUUAUCAGUCAAGCGGAACGCGCUGCAAGUCCUUAUACCCAAAUACGGGCUGGAAGGACCGCUAUACCUGCCCGCUGAUAGGUUCACAUACAACGAGGAGGAACACUUCCAAAUCUGCGAUGGAAUCAUUCUAAAAACCUUCGACGAGCUAACGGUGCGUCUCAGCUUAGACAGUACAAACCUACAACACAGAAAACUGGUCUUCCAACUAGUCGAGCCACAUAUCCCAGGCUUCAGCUACGUGCCAGAACAAGCUAUGGACGUUGAAACGAAAGAAGUUGAAACAGAAACAAAAAGUAGCGAAGAGAAAGUGGAAACGAAAAAGAGGAAGGACGCGAAAGACUCUAAAGUUAAGAAGAAGGCUAAGAAGUAAUAAAUAAGUUGGUAUA